CAGCGGAAGCGGCCGUCGGCCGGCUGACCAGUGCACCAUGGCGUCUGCGGCCGCCUCCCCGGCGUUGAAGCGACUGGAUCUGCGCGACCCCGCGGCGCUUUUCGAGACUCAUGGAGCUGAGGAGAUCCGCGGGCUGGAGCGCCAGGUUCGGGCCGAGAUCGAGCACAAGAAGGAGGAGCUGCGGCAGAUGGUGGGAGAGCGGUACCGCGACCUGAUCGAGGCGGCCGACACCAUCGGGCAGAUGCGCCGCUGCGCUGAGGGGCUGGUGGACGCCGUGAAGGCCACCGACCAGUACUGCGCCCGCCUGCGCCAGGCCGGCUGGCCGCGGCCCCCGCGCGCCCCGAAGCCACAGCCACCAUCCCAGGAGAAGUUCUACAGCAUGGCUGCCCAGAUCAAACUACUCUUAGAAAUCCCUGAGAAGAUCUGGAGCUUCAUGGAAGCCUCUCAGUAUCUCCAUGCCACACAGCUCUACCUGCUCUGCUGCCACCUUCACAGUCUGCUCCAGCUGGAUUCUUCUAGUUCCCGAUACAACCCCAUCCUUUCCCGAUUUCCUAUACUCAUCCGGCAGGUAGCAGCAGCCAGCCACUUCCGAUCAACCAUUCUGCACGAAAGCAAGAUGCUACUCAAAUGCCAAGCUGUGUCUGACCAAGCUAUAGCUGAGGCCCUCUGCUCUAUAAUGCUCUUAGAAGAGAGUUCUCCCCGCCAAGCCCUCACCGACUUCCUGUUGGCCAGAAAGACAACUAUUCAGAAACUUCUCAACCAGCCACACCAUGGUGCUGGCAUCAAGGCCCAGAUUUGCUCUUUAGUGGAGUUGCUGGCCACCACUUUGAACCAGGCUCAUGCCCUUUUCUACACUUUGCCAGAAGGUCUGCUGCCAGAUCCAUCCCUGCCAUGUGGCUUGCUCUUCUCUACUCUGGAGACCAUCACAGGCCAGCACCCUACUGCCUUUUCUCUAGGAAAGGGCAUCAGUGUUCUGAAAGGGGAGAUGAAGCUCUGCAGCUGGUUCAGACGCCUGCCAGCAUCCGUCAUCGAGUUCCAGCCAGCACUCCGAACCCUUGCACACCCCAUCAGCCAGGAGUACCUGAGAGACACGCUGCAGAAAUGGAUCCACAUGUGUAACGAAGACAUCAAAAACGGGAUCACCAACCUGCUUAUGUAUGUGAAGAGCAUGAAGGGUCUUGCAGGGAUCCGAGAUGCCAUGUGGGAGUUACUUACCAAUGAGUCCACCAGUCACAACUGGGAGGUGGUGUGUCAGCGGCUUCUGGAGAGGCCACUCUUAUUCUGGGAGGACAUGAUGCAGCAGCUCUUCCUGGACCGGUUACAGACUCUGACAAAAGAAGGCUUUGAAUCCAUCUCCAGGAGCUCCAAAGAACUCCUGGUCUCAGCUUUGCAGGAGCUUGAGAGCAGCACCAGCAACUCCACAUCAAAUAAGCACAUCCACUUUGAGCAGAACAUGUCUGUCUUCCUCUGGUCAGAGAGUCCCAGUGACCUGCCUCCAGAUGCUGCCUGGGUUAAUGUGGCAAACCGGGGUCAGUUUGCCAGUAGUGGCCUCUCAAUGAAAGCCCAAGCUAUCAGUCCUUAUGUACAGAACUUCUGCUCUGCCCUAGAUUCCAAACUGAAGGUUAAAUUGGAUGACCUCCUGGCUUACCUUCCCUCUGAUGAUGUGCCUCUGCCCAAGGAUGCUGUCCCCACUCAGACCAAGAGCUCUGCCUUUGACAGAUAUGCAGAUGCUGGGACUGUGCAGGCCAUGCUGCAGACGCACUCGGUGGCAUGCAUCAAGCACAUCCUAGAUGGCAUCCAGGUGGAGCUGCAGAACAUUGAGGAAGUUGUGCAAGGCCAGCAGGAUGUGCUCCAAGGCACCAAGCUGCACGCCGUGCUUUUCAUGGCCAGACUCUGCCAGUCUCUAGGAGAACUGUGCCCCCACCUGAAACAGUGUAUUGUGGGAAAGUCCAGGAGCUCUGACAAACCAUCAAGGGAGGCUAGGGCUCUGAAAAAGCAGGGGAAGAGCAAAGCCCAGGAAAUCCUUCCUGUACAGGCCAAAUGGCAGGAAGUUAAAGAUGUACUCCUCCAGCAGAGUGUGAUGGGCUACCGGGUCUGGAGCUCAGCGGUCGUGAAGGUUCUGAUUCAUGGAUUCACCCAGUCAUUGCUUUUAGAUGAUGCCGGUUCAGUCCUGGCCACAGCUACCAACUGGGAUGAAUUAGAAAUUCAAGAGGAGACAGAGUCUGGCAGCAGCGUCACAUCGAAGAUCAGACUUCCUACACAGCCAUCCUGGUAUGUACAGUCCUUCCUGUUCAGCUUAUGCCAGGAAAUUAAUCGGGUUGGAGGUCAUGCUUUGCCAAAGGUGACGCUGCAGGAGAUGCUGAAAAGCUGCAUGUUUCAAGUGGUAGCUGCCUAUGAGGAACUUUCUGAAGAAAAGCAGAUUAAGAGAGAAGGUGCAUUCCCAGUAACCCAGAACCGGGCACUGCAGCUCCUCUAUGACCUGCGCUAUCUCAGCAUCGUUCUGACAGCCAAGAGUGAGGAGGCGAAGAGUGGCCGCAACAAACCAGACUCCAGGAUUGAGAAAGUGACUGACCAUCUGGAGGCACUCAUCGAUCCAUUUGACCUGGAUGUUUUCACGCCACACUUCAACAGCAACCUUAACCACCUGGUGCAGCGGACUUCUGUUCUGUUUGGUUUGGUUACCGGCACUGAUAAUCAGUUCACCCCCCGGAGUGGCACAUUCAACUCCCAGGAGCCCCACAACAUUCUGCCACUGGCAUCAAGUCAGAUCAGGUUUGGACUUCUUCCACUGAGCAUGACAAGGACUCGGAAGGCUAAAUCAACCAGCAGAAGCACUGAAACAAAAACCCAGGUUGGUCCCCCGGAACUCUCCAGAGCAGAUGACCCAAUGCAUCCUGGCUCCUUGUUCAGACAGCUCAUCAGCGAGGAAGAUGACUCAUCUGCAUCUUCAUUAUUCAAACUUGGCUGGCUCGCUAGUAUGACUAAGUAAUCGGGAACACUUCUAUUCUAAAUAAAUACUGCUGCAUUCUUUCUCCUA